CACGGAAGGCUAUCAGAAGUUCUGAUUCAGAACAAACUUUUUCAGUUCGACUGAAGCGUGUUUACUCGAGUGAGCGAUGCAGCAAGGUCUACGCUCAUGUAUAGUGAAGGUAAUUGUAGAUCCGUGUCCGUUUUAUUGAAGUUAACUUCAAAAGGAGGCGUAGGACUGCCAGACAUAGGGUGAACUAAACUUUUGGGCUGGCUGAGUCGUGAAUGGACGGCGUGGGAGUGGCCUGCAGCAACCGUGUCCGCUUUUAAACCCACACGUGGUCGGUGUCUUGAGCUUGUUUCGCACUCCACUCACUUACUAGAAACUUCUGAUCGACUCAUGCCACACACUGGGUCGCGUCCAUCGCUGCGGGAGCGGGCAGGAGCACACUGAGAGCUGUGCACGUAUCAUGCCGUCUUACCAACUCGACCAGUUCGCUGGCCUGGACGAGAUGAUGUGCAAGCAAUUCCAGAGUCUUGACCUGAGAGGACAGGACAGUCAGUCGUCAGCCCUCAGCUUAGCCAUGAAGACACCAGGCUACAUUGGACGGCAACGUAGCUGUGAUCCAUCUUUGUCUCUCUGCACCGGUCCGCUAGACAAUGACGAUCUGUCCACCACUAUUUUGGGGCAUCGACCAGAGAGCAACCAGGCUUCCCUUCUUCUUAAUUCCACCCAAUGGCGAAAGCAACGCUUCCUAUCUCAGCGCUCAGUCAGCAUGGUAGAGACCUCCAGUGUCACAGCAGCAAGUCUUGGCUGGCCUGAUUCAGAUAUGAAAGACCCUCAAGAAGGCAUCAGCUCCACACUGCUGAACCCCAGCAUGUCUUCAUCUACUUCCUCCACCACGACCCGUUACAAGACAGAACUGUGUCGUUCCUUCACAGAGAACGGGACGUGCAAGUAUGGCGGCAAAUGCCAGUUCGCCCAUGGCGUUGAGGAGCUGCGGGACCUCAGCAGGCAUCCGAAAUACAAAACUGAACCCUGCCGCACCUUCCACACCAUCGGCUUCUGCCCUUAUGGUAUCCGCUGCCACUUUGUUCACAACAAUGAGGAGGAAAAAAAUCAUAUGUCUCGCUCCUCUUCUUCCUCAAGCUUUGCACCGCUGUCUCUUCCCUCUGCACGCUCCCAUAGAGUCCCACUGAUCAGACAGAGCGUCAGCUUUGCAGGAUUUCCCUCUGCUCCCCAACAAAGCCUUCCUCCUCAUCCUCCCCCUGCCUCUUUCUCACGAGCGCCAUCUAUCUCACCUCCUUGUGCCGAUAUCACCAAUCUUCUCUCUAACGUCUUCUUGGAGAUGGACUCUACUACCUUCGAGGCCUCCCCUACCCCCCAGUAUCAACCCUUCGCUGCUGCAAAUCCACGCUCUCCCUUCCUGCCUUCCCCAGACUCUGGCUGUUCCCCGUCUGGGUUGUCUCCAUCUGCAUCUCCAUCCCUGACGGAGAGCCCCGGCGCAUCUACGUUCUUUUCGCGGUCGCUCGGCACAAGAUCCCUGUCCUAUACCUCCCUUUCAGAUCAGGAACAGGACGGGAGCAACUCUCCCAGCUCGCUUAAUGAAGCGGAGUCCUGCAGCGGGAUCAAUGAUGGAAAACGCCUCGCCGUGUUCAGUCAGCUCUCAGUUCCUGAGGAUACUGCUGGACUCAGCCUUUAGGCUGUAUCACAACACACACACGCAAACACAUUUAACACAGGCAUACCCAGAUUUUCCCCUUACUUCCAUAAACAUUUUAUAUUAAAUGCCAUAUUGCAGAAAGGUCUUCCUAAGGGCUACGAAAACAUAGCAAAGACAGAUGGGACAAAAGUGCUAGCUAGAAGUCCCAUUGAGAUUAUUGUAUGUGUGUAAAACCAAAGACCUUACAUUUUGUAGUUGAAUGUUGUGUGGCGGAAUCAGGACCACUGCGUGGCCUGAUGUUUAAGAAGCACUGUACCGUUUUGUUUUAUAAGCUGCUCUUUCCAUCUAACUGUGCAGACUGGGGUUAUGGUGCGGUCACUGGCCUCAGAUCAGAGGCUUUAAAAUUCGUUGUUGUGUUUUUAAACAACUUAAGUACCUGUAGUGUUGCAGGUCAUGUUCAACAGCUAGGGGGUUUGUUCCAGAGAGUGUUCAAUGUGUCUUUUUUUGGGGGGGGUGGCUGUCUUGAAAUAUAGAUUGCAAACAUUCCCAGAUUUUUAUUUUUUGCUUUUUUUGUGUGACUGGCGCACUGUUUUGAUGAGCACAUCAUCUUAUUUCCACUCAUUCAGUAUUCUCACCGUAAUGGCUUUUUGUAUUGUAAUGAUUGUGUAGCUUUAUUUUUCCCCCAUCACUUAGGCUGCAAAUGAAAGCUAAACCUUUUAGAGAUGUUAGUAGCUUCUUCUUGUGUGUUAAAGGUAAUUAGCGCAACAAUAUGUGAUCAGCUAUUUAAAAGGGCGUUUUCAUCAACGUAUUUUGAGGCCUUUUUAGUGUUGUAGGUGAUACUCUUUAGUAAAUUUAUUUAAUUUAUUUUAACCUAUUUAUAGAUGACCAAGUUGUUCAUGCUUGUAUCAAGUUUAAUAUAUUUGUUUUUUCAUUUUUGUUCUUGAAAUAAAGUCGUUUUAAAAUAAA